AUGAGCUCACUUCUGCUGUCUAGUUCCACCAUGAAGGACCGUGAAUCCCUCUCCCUCCUGCACUACACCAAUUCAGGAAAGACGAACCCUCAGUUCCCCUCUGCUGCCCUCCACCCCAGCACUCCUGUGUUGGCCAAACCCCAGCCUUUCUGCCUUCAGUCUGGUCAGCAUCUCAUAGCCUCCAUGCAACUCCAAAAACUCAACAGCCACUAUCAGAACCUGGGCGUAUCUUCUGCAACUACCACUGGACCCAGCAGAGGAUAUGGAGCCUCUGUGUUGAGCCCAGGACAAAUCGCUACCCCUGGAGCGGCACAGGCACCUGGGAUCAUUGAUUCGGAUCCUGUGGAUGAAGAAGUUUUGAUGUCACUAGUGGUCGAGCUGGGUUUGGACCGGGCUAAUGAGCUUCCAGAGCUGUGGCUGGGUCAGAAUGAGUUUGACUUCAUUGCAGAUGUACCGGCUGGUUGCUGACCCUCUCUGCUUUUCUUGGCUUCUGCUCGAAAUCAAAGUGUCCACUGAAUGGCAAUUAGAUUUGCCUUUGAAAAUAAUAUUUAACCGUCGAGAGCUGGAUACAUAUAUUUGCUGUUUUGGAAACCAGACUAAAGAAACUUGAAGAGCUGUCUGAUCUAAGUGAGACUUGUAGCUUUGUCAAAGUGGAUGAAGAAUUUAUUUCUGAGAAAGUCACCAGGUCUGGGAUUAUGUUUGUAAAACAAGACUAACCACAGACGGGCACCAAACAGGUCAUAUGGCCAAGCCUUAAGACCCCCCCUUCACAGAAGUCUAUUAUGUUCCUAAGCCCUCCCAACUCAUCAUGCUGUGUGUGAUAUAGAUUUGAACUUUGCUCCCUAAUGUAAGGAUGGCGGGGGAGAUAUUCAGUAAAUAUAGUUUGUGGAAGACAGCAGGUUUCAGUUACAUUUGGUUGCUUGUUGCCUGUUGGUCUUACUUUUAUUCUGAUGAAUAGUCAGAUGGUGAUACAGGUUAUGUAGAUUAAGACAGUUGUGAGUGUAAAGGAUUUAGAAAAUAUCUCGCUAGAAGCUGUCAUCGAUGGUCACAGAGGAGAUCCAUGCUUUGGUGGUCACAGAGGAACUCGACCUGCUUAAAUGCUUUCCAUGGUUAAAUAUAUAAUGAGAAACGUGUCUGUUUACCCAACAGCCUUUAUGCUGUGAUGGGCUUCUUUAUUUAAAUAAAAAAAUUAACAUGCUUAUUCCAAAAAUAAAAAUUGCCUACCAAUGCAUUCUAAUAUUUUCCUGAAGUCUACUUUUUCUUUUCUGAUUUUUUUAGUGUUGUAGGCUGUAUGAAUAAAAUAGUUUAAGGUAAUGUAGAUUUAAACAGGCCUUUUCCACAAUUUGACCUUUUUGCAUGCUUUAUCCAUUUUUAUGGAUUAUCCAUGUGAAGACUAAGAUAUUUUUUUGUCUGACAUUUGUCUUUAUUUUGUAAUUUGAGAUUUACUGAAACUUAAUCAAAUAUUUUCGUUUAGCACUUUUCUUUUGACCAUUUAUUUUUCUACAUAAGAGAUUACAUAUUAUAUUUAAAUGUGUGUACUUUUUGUAUUUUUGAAUGUCAGAAAAUAAAGCAAACAAAGCAUAA